UCGACGCCGACAGCAUAUGUGCCGAUACUUUCUGGGGCUUUUCAUAUAGAAGACGAAGGAACGAAAGACCGCCUUUUCUGAUCUAUACAGAGGAACGAUAACUCAUCAUGGUUUUCGAAAUUGGUGUGCGAGCAGCAUCGAUAAUCCCAAAGGGCGUUGUUUUUGGAAGUCUACCGCCGCGUCUUAUAAAGUCUCAGAACAACAAGAGCUUGGAAGAUCAGAAGAUCGGGUUUGUCGAGGUGGAGUACAAAGAAGAACAAUUAGUUUGCCAAUAUGGUCAACAAUUCAACUGGUUAAAAUACAUCGGCAGUUCAAAUGAUAAAAACAAAGCAAAUAUUAAAGGAUUCAUCAACGAGAAUGGCGAGAUUUCAUUUGAUACUUAUCGCGAGAUUGAAAUUGGAGAAGAGAUUUUAUACACAUUUGAAAGAGAACGCUGGGAGGAUAAGGAACAAAAUGACAAGGACGGUCAUGGCGAAAGCAUGAAAAAUGAUAACAAAGAGCAACCUCAAAACCAUCUGAGAUUCAAGUUGGAUCGCUUUGACGGUGAGAACAAAGAAGAAUACAAGAAGAAUCUUGGUGAAGUAAUGCCGACGCCACUUCGUCUGGGCUGCACGUCAAAGGAGGAUAACAUAGACAAUUGGUUGGUUCGAGGUGUUUACACUGAAAAUAAAAACACGGCCAAUGUCCACGUCCAGGAAGAAACACGACCGAGAAUAUGGGAUUCCACUGAGUGUGCGCACAACUCCCGUUAUUACCCCGAAAUAUAUCACCACGGCAGAAUGGAACUAACCAAUGGUAAGACAGCAUUUUACUCAGGCGAUGAUUUAAACUGGUACCGUCGUCCGAUAGCCAUCACACGUCCACUUGGCUGCACUUGCUCCUGGCCGCCAGCGUACAUGCCUUCAAACAAACAUCACGACUAUCCAAGGUACAGGGAGACGUAUCUGGAACCGCCACACUCGUUACGCUCCAGCGAAUGUCAUACGAGAAGAAACGAACCCCAGGCAAGUCUGCAGGGAAUGUUGAAAGAAAGAAGCAGCCAAAGAGAGGAAUCGCGGGCGAUGAUAGCGGGAAACUCUCGAGAUGACUACAAACAACACUCUGAAAGACCGAUAGAGAGGACAUUAGACAUUGGACAACUCUCGCCUAGAAGCAAAGAUAAUCAGACAAAAGAGAUUGUACAAACGUUCGGGAUAAACCGCGAAACUCAAGAUGAGGUUAGCCGGGAAGAAGAUGAACGCAAAGGAGCUGAAAAUAUUAACAGUCCUGCAAUAACGUUUACACAAGACACAACCCCGAACACCACCAAACAACCUGGUCUACAAGAACAACAGGAAGACAUCAAAGACGAACCUGGAAACAGCUCUGGAUCCUCCUUGACCGCUACAGAAGACAAACCUCCCAGCGAGCAGUCAAAAAACGGUUCUCGUUUUGUAUGCGAUUACUGCGGGAAAUCUUACUGUCGACGGUACGUUUUGAAAAUCCACAUGCGCACACAUACGGGACACAAACCACUCCGCUGUACAGUAUGUUGGAAAUCAUUUGGUGAUCCAAGCAACUUGAAGAAGCAUAUUCGAUCACAUGCGAGGAAGAAUGCCAUUUAUACAUGUGAACAUUGCGGCCGAGGCUCGUUUUAUCGAUUGUGUGAUCUGGUGAGGCACAUUAAGUUUCGACAUAGACUGGCUAACGCAGAGAAGUGGACGGCCGACGCUGCUGCUGCUGCUGAUGAUAAAAAAUCGUGAAUUCCCGAGUUCCUUGCCCGUAGUGCAUAUAGCUACUCAGGUGUAAGCAGUGAACUUUUAACUUGCCCAUUGCAACACAGCCACGUAUGCAACACAAAGAACGCUAUUUUACUAUAAUUAAGGAAGAUAAAGCUAAUUCAAACCGCGUCGCAUUUUGUAGCUAAUUACCGAAAAAAUUGAAAACAUUUGACAAGCCAUUUCGGCCGAUUAUCUGUAAAUGCGUUCGGCACAAUGCUUAAAAAGCCCUUGGUAUUCAAUAAACUAAAGGGAUAUAGCUAUUUCAGUUCCUAAACAUAUUAGAUUCAAAGAUUGUAAAGAUCAAUUUUACAAUGGAGAAAUGAAAUAAAAAUUAAUGGCGUGGUAUAUUUUAAAAAUGUAAAUAGUAAAUAAUUGGUCAAUUCAGUUAGAAGAGACAUAUCUCAUGAUUUUUAAUAAUGAUAUUAUUGAUGCUUAAAUUGUUCUCGCGCGCGAAAGGCAUUAACACUAAGAGGUUAUGUUUUCAGCUCUGUUUGUUUGUUUCUCCUUCUGGGGAAGAAUAUCUUAGAAAAUUGUGAACAAAUUUUCUCGAACGGCUUUACAAAUAUCUCAAGAAGUGGUUAAACUCAGUUUCAACCUGGACAUUU